GUGGACCGCACGAUCUGCAACCUUUUCGUAAAUAAAUUUUGCGAUUUAUAUCAAAAGGAUAGUACUUUAUUGCUGCAUUAAACAUGAAAAUGAUUAAGAAAAAUAAAUCUGUGAAACAUAGAAAUAAACCGAAAGCAAUAGUUAAACCUAAAAAGGAAAAAGUGCUCAUCGUAGCACAAGAAAUUAAAUUUGCGCGAUUGUUGUCUGGAAAUGAUAAAAAAACAAGGGAUCGAGUCUUAAAAACAAUGAAAAAAUGGCUUUAUAGUUGCUUUGAAAAGUGCUACGAAUUCAAGGAGGAGGAUUUUCUUAGGGUUUGGAAGGGGUUGUUUUAUGCAGUGUGGAUGUCUGACAAGCCCUUAGUUCAGGAAGAUUUAUGUGAGAGUAUCUCUGAGAUACUUGACCUUUUCCCUGAAGAGCAGCUGAAAUAUGCCCUGAUGAUGACAAAGGCUGGAUUCAAAGUGCUAGCAACAGAAUGGUACGGCAUUGACAAUCACAGGAUGGAUAAAUUUCUCAUGUUGGUGAGACGGUACCUCCGAGGCAGUUUCAGAUGUUUACUCCGCAGCGGUUGGAGUUUAGACAGCUGUAAGAAAUAUGCUGACAUGAUAGCUUCUGAUGAUAGUAUACUUGCAUUAAAAACACCAGUGUACGCUCGAAACGCCAUGUCCCUUAUUCUGCACAUCACAGACUGCUAUCUUGAGGAACUGGCUAAAGUCAGCAGGGGCGAGAUACCAGAAGCGAGUCUCGCGGAGUUGCUGCGGCCGUUCACCGCUCAGGUGUGCGGGGGCGAGGCGCUGUCCGUGUGCAUGGCGGCGCGGCGACUGCUCACACAGCUGGUGCGACACAGCGAGCUCGGGCUAGAGUAUCAGGAGAAGGAACGCGCUUGGCAAGAGAUGGGAUGUCCAGCUGGCGGGCCAGACGCGCUAGAGCCGGCGUCUGAUGACGAGCAGCCCCAAAACUCUGAUGCCGAGGAUGUUGACGAUGAAGCUGGUCCGCUAGACCCCCGCGCGGGGCGUGUGAGUGUGACGCUGCGGCCGCUGCCGGUGCCCGCGGCGCUGCUCGCGGCGCAACUGCGCCAGGCGCUGCGCACCGCCGCGCCGCGAGCUAUCAAGCGGGCCAAGCUGUGUCUGCACAGAUUCGAGGAGCUAGCCAACAACCGGUACCCGCUGAAGCUGCCUGAGGAGGAGGUGUCGGGGGCGGAGGCCGACUUGCCGGUGACGGAGCCCGAGCGCGCCGCCGCCCGCCUGCGGUCGCUCGAGCGGCAGCUGGUGGCCAGCACAGACGAGCUCGCGCUAAGAGGACUCCGUCGCAAGCACCGCAAGCGGCUGCUGGCUCGCAGCCGCGCCGGCAUCAGCCUCAUCGAUGAGUUGGGCAAUCCUCCUGACACGACGAAUGGUAAAUGGAAAGUUGAAGACACUCAAACAGAGAAGAAACAAAACAAAGGAGACUCUAAUAAAGAAAAUGUUAACAAAAAGAAAGAUCGCAAAAGAAAACUGAACGAUUCAAAGGGGGAUGAUAAUGUCAAGGCAAAAAGAAAGCUACAGGAAAUAAAAAAAGACGAAGACCAAAAAGUAAGUAAAAAGAAUAACAAAGUAGUAAAUAAGAACACUGUAACUCCUAAACAAGUAAAAGUACAAGCGAAAACAGAUAAUGCUCAAAAAAAGUCAAAACCAACUAAAUCAGAAAACAAUAUUCAAAGUAAAGAGUCCAGUAAAAAAAUCCCCAUUUCUAAGCCAACAAAAGUAAGCGAAAUCGAAAAGAGCACGCCGAAGAAAGUCCUCGGAAGCAAAGUAAAAAACUACCAGAAGCAACUAGACAGCGCAAAGAAAACCAUGGAGACGCCAAAGAAAGUUAAAUUCGUGUUAAAAAACAACAGCAUGCAGGGGCCUGUUGAUUAUUACAAGAGUGUUCGCGAGAGCCCGAGCAUACCUUUCGAUAGCAGUAAGAAACCCACUAAGACGAACCUCAAGCCGUCUACACCCUCACCUAUAAAUCCAUUCUUCAAAAAGAAGUUACGACUCAAAAAUUAAAAAGUCAGUGAUAGUUUAUUUUGACAAAGCCAUAUAAAACUUUUUAGUGAAUGGUGUAAAUCUAGUACUGAGACAGUACAUCAAUUUUUAUAUUAGGAACAUGAUGAAAUAAGUGUAAGGUGUUGCUAAUAUAUUUUAUGCUUUCUAGAAGUCGACUUAGGACUUCCAGUAUUCAAUUUUUUAAAUUAGUGUUACAUGAUAACGGGGAAUAUUGCUCCAAAUCUUAAUGUUGUGGUUUUAGCUCUAUUUUAAGGUAUAUUUAAAAUUUUACAUUGUCCUAAGAAUAGUUGUUUCAAAAUAUGGUGCACUUUGUAGUUGUUUUGUUUGCAACUUGUUUGUUAUGACUGCUUCAAAGCUUUAUACCUUGUUCGUCGAUUACGAAGCAAAAAAUGUUUUAUUAUGUUUUAAUAUCUUCUUUCUUGUAAAUAAAAGUAAAUAAAAUUUUGUGACAUCUCACUAAUUUGUAGGGUUCACAUACAAAAAGUUACGAUAUAAUUAAUAAUGAUAUUACCAACAAUGUUAGAAAUGGUUUUAUAGGCUAGUCUUAGUUUAGCCUGCCGAUCCUGCAAUGUGAAUUUUUCUUAGGAUUUUAGCAAGCUAAAAUUUGUGUAACUUUAUAACUAUGAAUAAUAAAAACUAAGGAAGAGUAACUGUGUCAAAAA